AUGCCGCUUCAUAAAUCAACCCGGGCUCCUCGCCUGGAUCCUACCAUGAUCUGCCCUCUUGGUGACUUUCGCCACACCAUGCACAUUGGGAGGGGAGGCGAUGCCUUCGGUGACACCUCCUUCCUGUCCACUCUUGGCCCAUCUAGCUCAUCUAGCUCUGACUUGGGUAGUCCAGCGGCUAUGCCAGUCACUGACCCUGAGGCGGCUGUUGUCACAGAUGGUCCAGGGACCCAAGAGGACAAUGAGCUCCAGCACUCUGAGUCAGUGUCUUCAUUCACCCUGGACCUGGACCUGGACCUGGGCCCGUCUAUGCUGGGGGAUGUUUUAGGGGUGAUGGAUGGGCUGGGUCCCAAGAGUGGCUCAGUGGAGACAAAGCAGAGUAAGGGGGGCAUGGAGAUAUCUGUGAAUAUGCAGAAUGAGCUGAAUGGGAAGAACUUGGUGGAGAUGGAUGAAACCAGGAGGGAUGGCAGGAUACCAGAUGGGAACGGGCUCAAGCCGAAGGGGUUACGACCAAAAGUGAGGUUCAGUGACAAACGAGAGGAGAUCAUUCGCCAGGCGUCGGAAGAGGAAGAGAGUCAGGGCUUCGACUUCCAGGAUGAGGAUCAGCUGGCAUGUCGUAGUCCAACUAGAGAUGAGAGUGAAAUGUCCAAAGGCCUGGUGAGUGGAGGUGAAACGGAGUUCACCAAUCACAAAGCAGAUUUGCCACCGAGUCCUGCUUCUUCACAUAGUUCAGAGUAUGAAGGAGUCACCCCACUGGACAGGAGGAGGGUCGACAGCUGCCACUCAGAGACUGAUUCAGAGGAGGACGAGGACGCAGGACGAGGCUAUACAUUUGAAGAUGAGUUUGAUGACGAAAUUGGUCUAUAGGGGAAAAGCGUUGUUUUUACAAAUCUUUUGCUGUUAAGUUAAUCAAAUAUACUGUAUUUUCCUCAAUUCUUAAUUUCAGUACCGCUGAAAAGGGAGGCUUUAACAGACUAUGUCUGAAUACAAACUGGAUAUGUUAAGACUCAAAAUUAAAGUGAUACAGUUUGUAGACGAUGUUGCUCAACUGGAAGACAUCUUUAUGUUCUUCUUCAAGGGUAACAGAUUUGCUAAAGCACCAAAAAUAUCAAUUUGGUUGUUACGGUGAAACAUUUGUAGCACUUUGAUUCAUGUCAUUCAUCUGGAAGCUUUGCAGUGAAACCAGUGCUCAGUGGACAGUUUGAUUCAGGCAAAAUAAAUGCUUUUGUGUUAAGUUUUACUGUGUCAGAUGUUUACCAUCUUAAAGUGUUGUCUGAGCUUUAUGAUAAAGUGCCUUAAAGGGAGCUCAAUGCUUUCAUUCUUGUAUCCUGCUUUAUGUACGUCUUAACAGUUAUUUUUCAUGUUGCAUGAAUAUCACAUGUCAUCUCCUUAUGUUUAAUAGAUUGGAUUGGUUUUUACCAAGUUCUCUGAAGAUAUUGUCA